AUGUCGGGAGAAGGCUGGUUGUUCCUUUUCUCGGUCCUGCUUUCGGCGGUCCUCCUCUUCACCAUGGUUUUCUUCAUCAUUAUGUUCUCCGACCUCGAAUGCGACUACAUCAACCCGAUCGACCUCUGCAACAAGCUCAACCAGUUCAUCCUCCCCGAAAUGGCAGCACACGCCGUCCUGACCGUGUUCUUCUUGCUCAGCGGGCAAUGGGUGGCUUUCCUACUAAACGCACCCUUGGUCGCCUUCAACGUCAACAAAGUCAUGAACAAGAAUCACACGCUGGACGCGACAGAAAUCUUCCGAACGUUGUCGGCGCACAAGAAGCAGUGCUUCAUCAAGCUCGGAUUCUACCUUGUCAGCUUCUUCUACUACCUGUACAGGAUGAUUCUGGCUCUUAUCGCCGACACCGAGUAA